AUAGAUUCUGCAAUGACGCAAAACUGUAUAUCCUGUCAAUACAGACUUUGUCGCCGUGGCCGUUGUAUUAUGCCAACGUUUUCAUGGGUUCCGAGAAAUGCAGCGAUUAGUCUGCUCGUUGUCAUUUAUUGAAUUUGCACUCAACGACAUAUUUACAUACCUGAGAUGAUAUGUUAAGAGUUUAUGACCUAAAAUACAUAUAUAUGUACAUGUACUACAUUAUAAUAAUGUUGUUAGUUAGUGAGUGGGUAGUGAUGAGUGCCUAUCUAAAGUAAAUUAAAUCUUGAUAAGUAUAAAGUACAAAAGAAACCUUCUUGAGUACCCAUUUUCUGUAAUAAAUUAUGCAUUUCUAUUACUUCACUGGAAUCAAUAUUAAAUACAAAUUACAUUAACCUGAAACAGCAUGCAGUCUGGAACUGCGUCUCAAAAGUGGAGGUUACAAUUUUACGAUGACUUCCUCCAUAUUUUUAAGAAUAUUUAGAGGUCUUCUAAUCUUUACUGGCUUCUACCCACCAUCACUUCUUUCAAGAUUGUGGCUGCAGAGAUCUGGGAAAUGUUUAGCCCUCUUUUUGACCAUAAUUACAGUUCUUCUUGUUGUCCAGGAUAUGGAUAACCUUCGUCGCAUCACUGCAGCUGUUGGGAAAAAGCCUGGCGGGACGGAAGGAGGAGGAGGAAGAAAAGAAGUAGGAGAAGCAGGAGGAGGAGGUCCAGUGAUCCCAUUCACAAUGCAACUUUAUCACAGCAUUAUCCAUUUUGCAGUUCUAUUUCUCCGGCUCCAUUGCCCCGGCAACCUUCGCCCCUUAAAGGACAAUGUGGAUCGUCUUUGGACUUUAGGACUUUGGACCAAGGUCAAGUGUGGGGCGAGAGUAUGGGUGUUCUUGGGCGCUUGCAUCCUUCAACUUGUGUACACCACCUACACAUCAAUUCAAAUGCCGACGCCAUUCGACUGGGAUAAUCGUAAAUUUUAUACGUUGGAAAAUUGGCGUUUCAUUAUAAUAAAAAUUGUCGACGUGGUUUGGCAGGAGAUGCCAAUUAUGGACAUCGUCUCUUUCGGAGCACUUGUCUUUAUGACUUGGAUUACGGAUUUAGUCCAGUGUGUCUCCCGUGGCGUGGAGAGGCAUAAAAUGAGUUUGCGCAAGGGUGGAGUUGAACCAUUACUUUCUGAAAUUUUCCCUGGUGGUGGUUUGCUCCAACGAGAAUUGGAUUUAUGCUUGAAAAUAUGGACCAUUUGGGACCAAGCCCUGUCACUUCUCGGCCUUAUUCUCCUCCAUUGUUUGUGGGGUUGGAGUGCCCUCUUUUGCUUGGUCACGUUCAACCUGAUCUCAUCUGCUGUUGACCUCGGACCUUUGAAUGGAAUUCCUCUUGGGUUCCUCUUUCUAUUCGUCUGUUUAGCCAUGAAGUUGGUCGUAAUCACUGACGCGGCACAUAAUCUGCAUAAAUCAGUGGCAUCCUUGGAGCGUUUGUUGGUGGAAGUUAGAUUCGAAUGGGAGCGGAGUAAUAAUAAUGGGGGUGAGAUCGAACUCGCUGUCGUGCAACUGCAUGCCCUUUCUGCACAUCGUCCUCUUACUGUCACUGCCAGAGGACAUUUUGGAGUGGGACGAGAAACGUUGACUGCGGUAUGGGGCGUGGUCUCAACCUAUGUUGUUGUGUUGUUGCAAUUUUGGCAAACAACUCGAAAUAUACCAUAGGCCAAGUCGUAUGUUUUUAGUUUUGUGUACGUAUUAUUGAUUUUAU